AUGGUGUCCGUCAUACCAGUGAAGGAGAAGUUGAUGGAUGUCAAACUAGGAGAGCUGCCAAGCUGGAUACUGUUGGGGGAUUUCCUAAGGCAUGGCUGGAAUGUUUCAAAGGAAGGAAUCCCUGGGAUUUCUAUGGUGCUGACAGCGUAUGUGCUUUUCAACUACUUUCUUUCAAACAAGGAACUCAAACCCAAGUGGCUACACAAGUAUCACUGA